AUGAAGAUUUCCAACAAGAAAAGGAUUUUGGCCAAGUUCUUAAAAGGCCCAUGGCUUCCGAGGAUCUUUUCCUUCAUCCUUUUGGGUGUGUUUGUUUUGCUCGUCCGAUGGAAAACGGACCUUGAUCCGACCAUACCGCAGCAAAUCAAGACUGACCUGCCUGCCUGCUCUGCGAUCAUCACGGGAGACGUGGCGGGUCGCGAAAACGACUUACAAGUCCUUUUAUCGUCCAGGAGGAGGCAAGUUCUGCUAUCUGAGGACUUCUACCUGAACGCGACCCAAGAUUGUCAAGCUUAUAUAACACGGAGAGGCUUCUUUAUGGUUCCUCUGAGUGAAGAAGAGAAGGAUUUCCCCAUCGCGUACUCAAUGGUGAUCCACGAACAGAUUGAAAUGUUCGAGCGGCUCCUGCGUGCCAUUUACAUGCCUCAGAACAUCUACUGCGUCCACGUGGACCGGAAAUCCACUGCGGACUUCCAUAAAGCCGUGGAAGCCAUCGUCUCCUGCUUUGAGAACGUAUUCGUAGCUAAGAAAUUAGAAAAUGUGGUUUACGCCUCAUGGUCGCGAGUACAGGCCGAUUUGAACUGCAUGGAAGGUUUAUUGGGAUCCCGGGUUCGGUGGAGGUACCUGCUCAACACAUGCGGGACGGACUUUCCAAUUAAGACCAACCGAGAGAUGGUGCGAGCUUUGAAGCUCCUCAACGGGAGGAACAGCAUGGAAACAGAAGCCACGAAUGACUACAAGAAGCAACGUUGGCAGUAUCACUUUAACAUCACCGACUCCAUCGUCAGAACCGACGUGAAGAAAAGCCCACCUCCCAUUCAGAGUCCAAUGUUCACUGGGAAUGCGUACUUUGUGGUCAGUAGGGCCUUUGUGGAACACGUGAUGCAGGACCUGGAAGUUCACGCGUUACUGGAGUGGGAGAAGGACACGUACAGCCCCGACGAGCAUUUGUGGGCCACCUUGCAGCGAAUGCCCUCCGUGCCCGGAUCGAUACCCGCAAACGCCAAAUACGACACGUCGGACAUGCAUGCCAUAGCCCGCAUGGUCAAAUGGAGUUAUUUGGCAGGGGACGUGAGGAAAGGGGCUCCUUAUGAGCCAUGCAAAGGGGAGAAUAGAAGAGCGGUUUGCGUGUAUGGAAGCGGAGACCUGGCGUGGAUCUUAAGACAACAUCACCUCCUCGCUAAUAAGUUUGAUCCAAUGGUGGACGACAUUGCUAUUAGAUGCUUGGAGUCUAUUUUGUAUUUUAAAGCUUUAGGUUAUGGAGUUCAGUAAGUAUUUGGCAUCAUUUGACAUUGAG